GAAUUGGAGUGAAAUUUUAAAAAACGCAGGGCAACGUAAUUCGAACUUUCGCAAUAGUUUGACUUACUCACCGCCCUGUUUCCCCGACAACUGGUCGCAGGGAAGCCCUUAGUUAAGCCUACUGUCCACCGGGGGAUUCCCGACAUUAGUCUUUAUCGCCCGCCCCCUAUGCAGUUCCGCGCCCUUAUUUCUGGCGCCCUGGAGAUUCAUUCUUUGAAAGGAAGAAUAAAACGAGUGGAAGUUCCCCUGUGAUGUUUGGGAACGUCUUUUCCCACCUGGGUCCGAGAAUCUUAGUGCUCUUCUCGCUGUUUUCCGGAGUCCUGGGUGACUGUGGACCUCCACCAGUAUUGAAAAAUGCUAGGCCAUUUGAUCCUAUUAAAUCUACUUACAAACCUCAUGAGUCAGUAGUCUACACAUGUCUUCCUGACUAUAGAGAGGAUCAUACCAAACCAUACAUGACAGUUUGUUCUCCAGACAAAGGAUGGAAGCCAUUGGAAGAGUUUUGUGAGCGUGGCUGUGAGGGUCCAUAUGCAACCAGAUUUAGCAUAGUGGAGGAAUUUCUUCCUUUUUAUCCUGUCGGAACAGUUGUGCACCAUGUUUGCCACCGAAGCGCUGAGCACAUUCCUGGUCAUCCAAAAAGGCCUCCUAUUACUUGCCUUUCGGAUUAUACUUGGUCACCAGUCCCAGUUUUUUGUAAAGGAAAAUCAUGCGGUGAUCCAGGGAGACCAGAAAAUGGUGACCGUAUUAUUCUAACAGACUUCCUGCUAAAAGCAGAAGUAAAUUUCACCUGUAAUAAAGGGUACCAAUUAAUUGGAUCACCUACAAGCCAAUGCUUAUCACGUUCACGUUCUAAUAAUACAGUCGUAUGGAAACCAAACCCUCCAAUAUGUUUCAGGCCCACUUGUCCUCCUCCUUCAGAUAUAAGGAAUGGAGCUUAUACUGGAGGAAAGAAUGGAACUUUCCCCCUUAACUCAAAUGUAACCUAUAUCUGUGAUCUUGGCUUUUCACUUUCUGGGGAUAAUCUUCUGCAUUGUAUAACUGAAGAUAAUAAAACUGGGAUCUGGAGAGGGUCUGUUCCUGAAUGUAAAGGUGAUUGCCCAAAUCCAGUUCUACCUCCCCAUUCUUCACUUAGAACAGGAGAAGUCCUACUAGAUACCUCUCCAACUGGAACUGUUCUGCGUUUACAGUGCAUCGCAGGUCAUGAAAUUAUAACUGGAACAAUUCCUAGGAUGACAUGUCUUGACACUAAUAAGUGGUCAGAGCUUCCUACACUUUGUCAAGGAAAGCGAUGUCCCAUUCCACAUAUAGAAAAUGGCCAAAUAGUAAGUUCAGAUGACCUCCGGCUUGGUGAAGAAAUAACCCUUGGUUGUCAGUAUGGGUUCAGGAUAAUAGGUGGCGCUACUCGUCAAUGUGUUUUGAAAUCAGGCAGAGUUGACUGGAAUAGAGAACUUCCAGUUUGCGAACGUAUUCCUUGUGCUCGUCCUCCUAUAAUUGCUAAUGGAAGAUAUGAUCCCAGUCCUUCAGAUACAUAUGAUGCUGGCUGGACAGUCAUCUAUCGGUGUGAUGCCGAUUACUCCCUUAUUGGAAAUUCUACUAUUACAUGUACAGUUGCAGAAAAUGGUGUAGAUGGAAAGUGGAAUUUGCCUUCACCUGAAUGCAAAAAUGUCAAGUGCCGUAGACCAAUCAUCCCAAAUGGAAAAGUGGCAAGUGUGUUUCAAGCUACAUAUACGUAUCAGAAUAAAUUACUUAUUGAAUGCGAUCCUGGCUACACUUUCGUAGAGUCUUCUUUAAUUGAAUGUGAUGCUGAUAGUCAGUGGAAACCGUCUGGUCCAUGGUGUGAUAAGAUCCCUACCACUUCUAAAUCCCCAACACCUGCUGUUACUCCUACUCCCCCAAUUUCCCUUACGCCUGGCAUUGUUACUCCAAAAGAAGAUGGGACUGAAGAAACUGCAGUGCCCCCAACUACAACUCAAGCAACUCCCAAGGAUGAACCAGGAUCUGUAAGCCGUAUUGGAAUUGCUAUUGGAGCUGUCCUUGCUGUUAUAGUUCUGGCUGCUUUAAUUAUAGUAGCUGUGAAAUGGUUCCUUCGCCAGGGGAAAACUAACAUUCCUUCUGCCUCUACUGAUAAUUAUCGUGUAGUUUCAGAGAAAGAUAUGGCUUUGGAAGAAAAAGAAAAAGAAAAAGUCUGAUCUGAGUCCAUUGAACUUCUGCAAUAAAAUUUCAUUUAACCUUCAGUAACAUUUUCGCUUGAGAACUGAAGAUAGGAACUCACUGAAGAUCUGAGUUCAAAGUUCAUCGUUUUACAGUUUGACCAUUGUAUAAGGCAGUUAAUACAUGAAACAAUCAACAUAUGAUCUACAAGACUACAUAUGCUGCUUCUACAUUCACUUAAAUCCUUUCAGAGUAUCUCUUAGCGUGUCUGCUUGUUAUCACUCAGAUACAGAAUUUGAGGGACCUAUCAUGUUUCUACUUCAGGGAUAAUGCAUUAUGCAGUUAUCAAGAUAUGACUAUAUUAGAAUGGAAGAGUCAACAAGUUCUGUAUUGUUCUUUUAACACCCUGGCUCUUAAAUCAGGCUUCUGAGUUCAUGUGACAAGCCAAAGAAAAGUUAACCUUGCUUUCUGGGUUUUAAAUUUAUGCUGGAACAGUAAGCUUUGCCUAAUAUAAAUUGUGUUCUGUUUUAUAUUUUAACAGUCAACAUCACUGUGAUGAGAAGGUAUAUUUUGACUGAAUGGAACCGAUCCUGAAAUGUUCAGCAUACGAGUUUGGGACGGGGUGUGUAUGUCUGUGCGACAAAAUGUGUGUUGUGAUGUUCUGUGUGAUUUUGCAACAUACAUUAGGUCAUUUUGGCAUCAGUCUGGCUAGCAUGGAUACUUACAGUAUUCAAGAAAGUAUUUUGCCUUAGUUUGUAAAAGUUGUAUUUGUAAAUUUUAUUGUAUUCCUUAUAUGAAAAAAUUAAAUGCAAUGUUUGUAUAUAGAGAAAUGUCUGGCAAUGGUAAUAUUAAAGAUUGCAUUGCACUGAACACUUA